CGGAGGGCUGUGCCUGUGUCGGGAAUUGGGAGAACCCUAAAUGCGGCCUCCGUCGCCCCCCCCCCCCCCCACCACCACCCCGGAUUCCUGGUCCUGCUGCUCGGCUGACCCAAACCCCCACAGAACAGACCCAUUUGACUGUUCUUGGAAAGGAAGAAACAGGUGAAAAGCCCUCUAGCAUUGUCUGACUUUCCCCUGGAAGAUGGAAGAAGACGACUCUGGUAGCUGUGGAGCAGUAAGAAUGCCUGAGGCCACAGAGGAUGGGGAAUUCUGGGAAAGAACACUGCAGAAGGCUCUGGAUGGGGCCACCACCAGCUCAAAUGUGCAGCACCACAGCUUCAGGCAUUUCUGCUAUCAGGAGGCGGAGGGCCCCCGAGAGGUUUGCAGUCAACUCCACCAUCUUUGCCGCCAGUGGCUGAAGCCAGAAAGGCACAGCAAGAAGGAGAUGCUGGACCUGGUGAUCCUGGAGCAGUUCCUGGCCGUCCUGCCCCUGGAGAUGGGGAACUGGGUCAGGGAAUGCGAACCGGAGACCAGUUCCCAGGCGGUGGCCCUGGCAGAAGGCUUCCUCCUGAGCUGGGCGGAAGACAAGAUGCAGGAACGGCAGGGGCCAUCCAAAGGGACAGAGAAGGCGCUGUCAGAACCCAGACAGGAUUUCUUCUUCCAGGGGAUCAAGCUGGAGGAAGACAGAGCUGCCUGUUCCCUGGGCAGUGGAAAGACACAAGAUUCCGGGACUUUUUCAGUUGCAGUGGGAACAUCUGCCAUGCACCAGGAUCAGGGUCUGGUGACAUUUGAGGAUGUGGCUGUGUGCCUCACAGAGGAGGAUUGGGCUCUGCUGGAUCUGGCCCAAAGGGAUCUCUACAGGGAAGUCAUGGAAGAGAAUUACAGGAAUCUGGCCUGUCUGGAGAGAGAGAGAAAGAGAAAUGGAGAAGAACAGAGAAAGGAAGCUGAAGCAAAUCAUAAGUGGGGGAAAGAAUCCAUUGCUUCUGCAGAAAAGAGUUUCAGAAAGAACAACUUUAUUGAACAUCAAGGAAUUCACAUUGAUGAAAAAACUUAUAAAUACAUACAGUGUGGAAAGAGCUUCAUUUGGGAGGACUACCUCACUUUUAAUCAAAGAGUACUCAUAGGAGAAAAACCCUGUACAUUAUCAGAGUGUGAAAAAUAUUUCAUGUUGAGUGGGCUACUUGCUUCUCAUCAAACAAUCCACACAGGAGAGAAACCAUAUAAAUGCUCAGAUUGUGGAAAGGGCUUCAAUCAGAAUGGUCACCUUAUUAUCCAUCAAAGAAUUCACACUGGGGAGAAACCAUAUAAAUGCCUAGAAUGUGGAAAGUGCUUCACUCGGAAGGAGAAUGUUAUUAACCAUCAAAGAAUGCACAAAGGGGAGAAACCAUAUCAAUGCUUACAGUGUGGAAAGAGCUUCACUAAGAAGUCUCAUCUUACCAAUCAUCAUAAUACCCACAUAGAAGAGAAACCAUAUAAAUGCUCUGAGUGUGGAAAGAGAUUCACUCAGAAUGGCCAUCUUACUAUCCAUCGAAGAAUCCACACAGGGGAGAAACCAUACAAGUGCUUAGUGUGUGGAAAGAGGUUCCGUCGGAAGGAGUAUGUCACUGUUCAUCAAAGAAUUCACAAAGGGGAGAAACCGUAUAAAUGCUUAGAAUGUGAAAAGAACUUCACCAAGAAGUCUCAUCUUACUGAUCAUCAAAAUAUCCACACAGGUGAGAAACCAUAUAACUGCUUAGAGUGUGGAAAGUGCUUCAGUAAAAAGUCCUACCUUGCUGACCAUCAGAAUACCCAUACAGGAGAGAAACUGUAUAAAUGUUUGGAAUGUGGAAAGAGCUUUAGUAAAAAGUCCCGUCUUACUUACCAUCAGCAUAUCCAUACUGGGGAGAAACCAUAUAGUUGUUUGGUGUGUGGAAAGAGUUUCAAUCAGAAGGCCAACCUUACUACCCAUCAAAGAACCCACACAGGGGAGAAACCGUACAAAUGCUCAGUGUGUGGAAAAACCUUCAGUCAAAAGGGUCACCUUAAUGACCAUCAAAAUACCCAUGCAGAGGAGAAACCAUAUAAAUGCUUAGAUUGUGGAAAGAGCUUCAGUAAAAAGUCCCACCUUACUGACCAUGAAAAUACUCACACAGGAGAGAAACCAUAUCAUUGCGCGGAGUGUCCAAAGAGUUUCAGUCAUAAGGCCAGCCUUACUACCCAUCUAAGAAUCCACAAAAGAGAGAAACCAUGUCAAUGCUUACAGUGUGGAAAAAGUUUCACUCUCAAGUCCAGUGUUACUAACCAUUCAAGUACUCAUGCAGAAGAGAGACCAUAUAAAUGCUUAGAUUGUGGAAAGAGCUUCAGGAAGAAGUCCCAACUUACUAAUCAUCUCAGAAUCCACACAGGGGAGAAACCAUAUAAAUGUUUAGGCUGUGGGAAAAGCUUCAAUCAGCAGAGUAACCUGACUACCCAUCAAAGAAUUCACACAGGAGAGAAACCGUAUAAAUGCUCAGAUUGUGGGAAAAGUUUCAGUCGAAGCUCAAGCCUUAGUUCCCAUCAAAGAAUCCACACAGAGGAGAAACCUUAUAAUUGCUCAGAGUGUGGAAAGAGCUUCAGUCGUAAGGCCUAUCUUAGAGUCCACAACAGAAAUCAUAUUAGAGAAACCAUAUAAACUGAGUACAGUAAACUAAUUUCUCACCCAAAAAUCCACAUGGGGAAAAGUGUUCUCAGUAUGGAAAGAGUUUCAAAUUCCCAUCCAAGAAUUCACACUGAUGCUGUAUGAGAGAAAUAGUGGAGAUCUGUUUCAUGUCCCUAAAUCUAUAAUUAAAAAUGUCUGUCUAUUUAUUCAUCUCCGAUAUGCAGAACUCAUUUAAAAAAUGAGUGCAGAGUCUCAUAUUUGGCCAGCAAUAGUGUGAGUUUCAAAUUCCCAUCCAAGAAUUCACACUGAUGCUAUAUGAGAGAAAUAGUGGGGGUCUGUUUCAUGGUCCCAAAAUCUAUAAUUAAAAAGUCUGUCUAUCCAUCCAUCUCCGAUUUUAACAUUUAAAAAAUAAGUGCAGAGUCUCAUAUUUGGCCAGCAACAUCAGAACAAUUGUUGGAAUUGCAAUGCCAGCAAACCAAAAAAAAAAAGGGGGGGGGGAUGUGACAGGUGACAACUUCGUUGUCAUGUAAAAAGCCCCUGUGUGUUUUGCUGAACAUGCUUCAUCAGGGGGCAUCAAUUAAAACUUCAUUUUGUAAUAAACACAACUAGUAAAAGAACACUCCUUAAAAAUUACAAUCUUUCGAAAUUAAUAUUAAUUAAAAUCUAGGAUAAAAUCUCAAGAGAUUACUCAGAUUGAUCAAAUUAUAGAAUGAGAUAAAUAAUCUAUUCGUUGGCUAUGAAGACAAAUGAGCUUAGUGCCUCCAGACCAGACUAUCCCAAUGGUUCCAAAUGGAUCCUCCUCAGCCCACAAUUGCUCUUUGGCCUUUCUUUAAUCAGAAUGCAGCAAUUGAUUACUCCCUCCCUGUUCCCUUGCUCAGUAAAUUCCCUUAUAGUCCUUCCCUUUAUGCCAAAGUCUCUGGGCUGUAGGGAGCUCUUUAACACAUUACUUAGCUAGCCUCUUGCAAGACUCCAGCCGUCCCACAUCAACUUCUUACAUUCCAGGCUUCCAGCCUCUGCUGUAGCCCUCUCUACUGGUGAGUAACCUGCUGAUAACAUACAAACUUCAAGAACCUGGCCUCUUCCACAGCAGGUCUGCCUCCUGCUUUGCUGACUCCAUCUGUUUGUGUCUUCCUACAGCUUGCUCAUAUUCUUAUCAGCUUUCUUCUGUGUCUGUCUCCCUUUCUCCUGCCAUUCAUAUCCUGCUCCCCUCUUUUCAGCCUCGUCCUUAAAGUACCCAGCUGACUGUCCUGACCCAGCUGGCACUCUGGCAUCAGAGAGCCAGACUGCCAGCCACGCAAAUAUAUAAAUAUAUAAAACAACUACUGACCAGAGCUCCUUUCUUCUGACCCUUUCCACAACAGUUGUUGUGGUGUUGAGUGGAGGAUGAUGCAAUGCUAUUUUAUAGAGAGAUUAGCUGAGCAAAGUCAAGAGUCCCAGAUCACAAUUUAAACCUGGAUGUGCCAAAGUCUAUAACCUUAUAAUCCAGUCAAUCUCCCAUUUUAACCAAUAUUUUUUCAUGAUAGUGGUAUUAUUUAUAUAAACCCCAAAAUGAAAACAUGUCUGUGUUCUUUCUCAAUAAAAGGUUAUAUUAAAGGGGGUACCAAUUAAUAUGUGCUAUAUGUUACUCCUAUGUUCAAUUAUCCACGCCUUUAAUUUUCUAGAGAUCUUUCCUAAAAAAAUUUUAUUGCAGGAGCAUCUGAUGGCAUAAAUAAGUAUCAGAAUUAUUUGUCUUUUAAGAUGGAUGUUCUUUUAAAAGAAAUCGUGUUUUUUCUUACAAAGUCAAAAUACAACAAAUUCCAGUUUUUGUAUAUGUUCUUUUUAAUUAUAUGCUGAAGUGUUUAUAAGUGAAACUGAUUAGAAUUCUCCCAUUUUGUGACCUAUUUUUAUUGUUGUUUAAUAAAUCUUCCAUUCUAUGAA